AUGCAGCUGCGGACGGCUUUGACAUCCGCCCUGCUCCUGCGCGCCGCCUCCCUGCUGCACGGUUUGGACGGGGAGCAGCACUGGUCCAGACUCUUCCCGUUCUGUGGUGGAGUUUUCCAGUCGCCGAUUCACAUCAGCUCCGACCUGCUCCGGUUUGACCCCACGCUGCCCCCCGUCCAGCUCCACAACUACCACCUGCCCCCCACCCAGCAGCUCACCCUGGGCAACAACGGGCACUCAGUCCAGAUCUCUCUUCCUUCUCGGAUGUACAUCUCCAGUCUGCCUCACCGGUACACGGCCGCUCAGCUCCACUUCCACUGGGGCUCGGCCGCUCGACCGCUGGGAUCCGAGCACAUGGUCAAUAACAAACAGUACGCAGGAGAGAUGCACGUCGUCCACUUUAACUCAGAGAAGUAUCCGAACAUGUCUGUGGCGGUGGAUAAAUCGGACGGACUCGCCGUGCUCGGGGUUUUUAUCGAGAUCGGUGAUUUCAGCCCGGCUUUUGAUCAGUUCCUGAAAUUCCUGAACGGCGUUAAAUACAGAGGUCAGAAAGUGCAAGUCCCCGGUUUCAACGUCAGAAAUCUGUUUCCUUCACGCCUGGACGAGUAUUAUCGCUACGACGGCUCCCUGACCACGCCCCCCUGCUACCCCAGUGUGCUCUGGACUCUUUUCAGAAAUCCUGUCACCAUAUCUCGCUCUCAGUUCGUGUCUCUGGCCACGGCCCUUUUCUCGUCACAUCUUCAGGACUCGACCCCGGAGCCUCUGAACGGAAACUUCAGGAGACCACAGGAGGCCAACAGUCGCGUGGUGCUGGCGUCUUUUAAAGAGGGCAGUGGACUUGGAGCUCCGACCAUCACCCCUCGCUGCAUGAGGAAGCGUCUGAUCCAUCAGCUGAUGGUGGGGGACCUGGCCGAUCUGGCAGACGAAGGCCUGUACCAGCUCCUGCCCAGCGUCGCCAAGCUGCCAGCUACCAACAGGAAAGAGCAGCGGGCACAGAGAGGGCACAAAACCCAAAAGAACAUGAAGAAUUGGUCUCAGAGGAAGAACCUCUCUGUGGGACCGGACCAGGCCUUGUGCUUUGUGUCUGUGGAGCAGCAGGUGUCGCGUCGGCUGCACCAGUCUCAUGCAGAUCAUCUCCUCCUCCAAACUCUAGAAGAUGAAGUGUUCCCAGAGCUGAACCUCAGGAGUUACCUCGACUGUAGGUCCGACCUGGCUCUGCCGACCAUCAGGCACAUCCUGAGCUCUCGACCCACAGACGAGGCCUGGGAGCUGGACCAGUCUCUGACCAAAGCCCUGUCCGGUCAGAGGAAGACCACCGCCCCCAAGAAGAAGAAACCUCCGACCCACAGCCGCAAACAGGCCCCUGAGAGCGUGCCCAGGAAACCCCACGGCCACGGACACCCUCACCCCUGGCUCCUGCCCAUGGAGUGGGAGGACUGAGCAGAUCUACACGGAACUUUCACUUUCAACCAAAGACACUUUAUAUUUAGCCCAAAGCUGCUUCAUUCUUUGCUCAGGAAGACGUCUUUAUUAUAUUAUAUUCUAUUCUAACUAAACUAUUUAAUCUGAGUCUGAUGUAGAUUUGAGUGCACAUAAUGUCCUGCUGCUGCAAACACAACUGACCCGAAGGAGCCGAAGGAACACGAACCUGUGUGAGGUUAAGGGGCACAGGUAGACAGUGUUGGGAAGGUGACUUUUAAAAUGUAAUCCCCUACAGAUUACAGAUUACAUACUCCAGAAUGUAGUUUAUAACGGAAUCCAUUAAAUGACUUAAAGUGAGUAAUGUAAUCUGAAUACUUUGGAUUACUUGAUUUGCUGUAGAGAAGCAAAGACGAGGAAAUAUAUUAGAAAUUAAAAAGCCCAGACUUUA